GAGGAGACGCGGCGACGGACGGGCCCCGAUCGAGAGGAAGAGCCCGACGAGAGCUGAGCCGAGUCGAGGUGAUCGCGUCGAGGUACGCAGUGCAUCAGCCGUCGCUUUUCACGGUGGACGAGAGUAAUCGGAGCCCCCGUCCGCCAUAAAACGCCCAUGCGACACCGAACAAAAUGCCGAAAAUUAACCUGCGUAUUCUGUGUCUCGUGACGACGGUUUUGUGCAUCGUUCAGCGAAGUCUUGAACAUGGAGUUCCGAGGAGGAGCUUCCUGUCACGCAGAGCGAUCGACGGAACUAGAGGAAGAAAGUACUUCGAUCCGAACGAGGACGGUGCAUUCGAUAGCUAUGGAUCCGCGGGCGGUCAGUAUGAGCCAUUCGAUCAUGUAACGGAUCUAUCUGACAUCAGAAAAAAUGUGCCGGGUGAGCCGGGGAUCGAUUAUCCCGCCUACAUGACAUUACCUCAGACAGGAUUCACGUGUGAAGGACGUUCACGUGGUUACUACGCCGACGAAGCGGCCGGCUGCCAAGUCUUCCACGUGUGCCAUGACGUAUUGGUGUCCUCCUUUCUAUGCCCGAUCGGCUCAACUUUUAGUCAAAAGUUGCUGACCUGCGAUUGGUGGACCAAGGUCGACUGCUCUUCCACCAAGCGAUACCUCGAAGUGAAUCGCAAUAGCUAUCAGAUCGACGACGACGAGAUGAUUCGCAACGCUUACGCGAUGAUCAGUCUUCAAGCCUCUGCGGAGGAUGUCACCAAGGACGGUCUGGUGGAUCCUGACAGCGGCGCCAGGAUCAUCGACUAUUCCACGCUCGGUGGUAGGCCCGUGAUGGGCUAUACGCCCGGAUUCCGUAGAAUCACGGAUUAUGUGCCCGUUGAGGCGACUGGAAACGACCUGCCGAGCGGUUUCGAGGAUUAUCCUCAACAAGACGCGCAGCAGAUUUUCAACUAUGAUCUUCAUUAUCAGCAGAAGAAAGUGAAUGUUCCGUAUCAAGGCAAGCUCCUCGAAAACAAGGGGCAAUCGCCUUAUCACGCGUCCGCGAUCAUUCAGCACGAUUAUCAAGAUAGAUCUGGUGGUAACAAAUUUCAGGACGACUAUCAUGGACCCGACGGAUUUACCAAUCAGUUACAGACGUCGUACGCGCCUACUGUUCCCACUGUUACCACUACCACCAGAAGAUUCUAUUCGCCUACGGUCCCAACGACCUAUCGACCUUCCACAUUGGCCUAUAGCAAGCUGGAUCUGAUGGUGGAUAGCUCCGAUCACCUUUAUGCGCAGAGCAAAAGCCUGGUGACCCCUCCUACGAUUACUCAUCGGAAUGACGACAUAAGGAAGAUUGAUUUGAGAGAGAGUGAAACGGGACACGAUCUGAAGAAAUCGGAGAAUGCUUCGUCAUCGAUAAUCGACGAUCGAAAAGGCGACAAUGUUCAUUUCAAGAAUGAUGAAGUCCGUCUCGAGGAGAUGUCGGAGACGAAUUUCAGGAUUAACGUAACUGAUGCCAUUGACGAAGAUGAAGUAUUUAGACAGCAGAAUGACAAGCCGAUAAUUCAGUAUGAUAGCGAGGAGAGCUUAGAAGAUAGUUUGGAUGCAAAAGAUAGUAUAGGAAUCGCUCGAGCGCUGAAUAAUCCACUUCGCAGAAUUAUACAAAAUCAAAAUCCUAUAUACCAGGUGACAAAAGACGAACGGAAAGAUUCGACCACUCCUAUUCCAUUGCAUACAGUUUUAAAUCAUUCCUCGGGAUCUUAUGAGAAAGUGGAUGAUGUGAAUUUAUCAGACAACCUGAAAAAGUCGGAUGUCUUCAACGAAACGAGCGACGAUGGAUCGACAGAAGAUUACGAGGAUAUCUCAAGCUUGACGACGAGGAGUUUUGUUCACGGGACGAUUCCACUGUUGAAAAAUUGGAAACAGAAAGACGUUGACGCUGUGCAAGUGACGACCACAUCGAUGACUGCGACAUCUGUAAUAAAUACGACUGAGAGAAGCAUCGAUGAGAUUCAUGGCGGAAUUAUUCACUCUUCAUCUAACGAUAAUCGCACAGCUGAGGACCAGAACUUGAUUAGAUCAGAUUCCAGUUUCAACCACGAGUCCAUUCCCAGAAUAAAUCUUAGCCUCGAGGUUCCUGAACCAGCGCAAUUUUUGAAGCCUCCACUGGAACAAAGGAGUUUUCUUAUCAACGUCCCUGAAGAAACACGCUACACGACGAUCGAUGAGAAUUUUAAGACUUCCUGGAGCCCUGAGACGACGAUCACAGAAACUCCACGAUUUUCCAGCACAUUUGUUGGAAACAACGAGGAUCAAUCGCCAAUAUACGACGAGGAGCUGAUUGAUUAUACAGAUGAAAGCUUUUUAGAGACGCCUAGUUCAGGGAUUCAUUCGACUGCUCAAGUGAUCGCUGAAAUAUCUACGGCUAUUCCAUGGCUCGUUUCUACAUGGCAUGAUCGGUCGAUUGUUGAUGUUCCUGUGACUGAUAUAGUUCCGCCGAUUAUCGACUACAGUGAUGAAUUCGGUGGCUUUGCCCCGCCAAAUGAAAAUUAUACAGAACAAUUGGAUUACACAGAACCCGUAGACUCACAAAGAACGCAGAGUUCUCUGACAACAAAGAACUCAAAGAAGAACGACAGUGAAGCGAACAUCUUGGCCCAGUACAACACGGGAUUUCAGUUCACCGUUAGAGACGCUACCAAGACUCAAAAGGAAGUGAAUGAAAAUUUCAGAUGCUCUUCAAUCUCUGACAAGCAAGGAGGCCGCUGCGAAACGAGUUCUAGCACUCCUAAAAUUGCAGUUUCUACGCCAAGUGUAAACGAAAGAAUAGUUUCGAUUGGUACAAAAGCGACUACGAAGAUUUCGGAUCAAUUAAUUUUUUCGGAUAAUUCGAAGAAUCUAAAAUUGCCUGAAAGUACGAAGAGUUUAAAAUUGUCCGAAGAAUCAGUAACAUCUGUUCACGACAAAUCUUCGACAUUUACCACGAAAUCGAUUAAUAGUGAUAUUAAUAUAGAUAGUACAACUUUGAAGACGGUUACGCCGAGAGCCAUAUUAGAAAUUAAAAAUCCUGAAAAGAAGAUAGAAAAGACGGUGGAAACGACAGUGAGUAAUCUGUCAUCCUCGAUCCGUCCAGGAUCCUUUAAGCAAAUCGAGGAGAUGAUUGAUAAACAGGAUUCUCCAUAUGAAGUAUCAUACACAGUAAAAAAAGACGACGAUCUAGAGACGACUGCUGACGAUUUUAUUAGUCGACUGAUUGCUCAGCAUCAGCGAUCGGAUUCCCUUUUGAAGGAUGAAUUGAAUGAUUUCGAAAUUGUCAAAUCUGUCGAGCCAUCAGAAACGGAAAUUAGUAGCAUUUUGCAGACGUCGAAAUUUCCUGAUACUAGUCAUGCCUCUCCAAAUAACGCGAGCAAUGAUAGUUUUUACGUUGCUGAAAACGAUACAGCCAGUGAAUUUGAACAAUCGGAUUCGAAUAUGAGUAUGGUGAGUCUUCUCCAAUUGAUGGCGGAGUUGUUAAAAUUAGAUCGACUGCCGCGGCCAUUUUCGACGAAAGAUUUAAGUAGUAUAAAGAAUUCAUUUAAUCUGGACCUUGAUGAAUCAUCGUACGACACAACCAGUCCACCAUUGGAUUAUCCGCAAAUCGGAACGACGUACAAGAACACGAGUUCUAAAGCAUCAACGUUGAAAACAUCCGCUGAAUCGAAAUCACCACAGAAUUUACGUUUUAAUAAACCAUCCUUAGCCACAGGGAGCCCAUUGGAUUAUUUACGAGCCAGAACGCCGUUCGAAAAUACAGAUUCUAAGACAUCUUUCUUGGAUGAAACUUCGGAAACACCUAUUAACGUUGAUUUAAAGCCGCCGAAUGUUUUUUCGAAAAUCAGUUUUAACAAUGUCACGGAACAGAAGACAGGUCAAUCGAAACCAGAAAACAAGAUCGCUCGACCACUUCAAAAGGAGGAAAUCUUAGAACAAUUGACGGAAAACUUCGGAAAGCCUAUUUAUCACGGUGAUUUGAUCCAUAGACCACUCGUCUUCGAUCUGCCGCAAGUGCAGAGAAGUUUGAAUUUCGAAACCGGUUUGCCGAUAGAAGAGAGCGAGUAUGCAACUAACGAAACGAAAAAGGAAAGUCCAGUGUCUACUACAAGAGCGACGACAACAACGACCACGACAACUACAACGACGGAAUCCGUAAAAACCACCAUCGAAACUGAGUUUGUUCCUUCUCUGGGAUUCUCUUUAGAUACCAAUGAAGGUCGCGAGGAGUACGUUCAAGCAGUACUCGGAGGAUUGAUCGACGAGCACACUGGUGAAAGUGACGGAAACGAAUCCAGAAUUGUGCAAAACAAAGCUUUAAAAAAUGAAACUUUGGAAUCCGAGUAG